AUGCUCAUCUUCCGGCUGCCCGCAGGUCAAGCCCAGGGUGUGCAGCAGUGGGGCUUCUGGGUCCCCUGGGCCCAAUACGAAACUCAAGGGAUGUCUUUCCCUCCGAGGGCCCCCACCUCCGAACACAGGGGAGAGGCAUGGCAAGCCCGCCCCAGCGCCAAAGUCCAGGGAGGCGAGGCGUAUGGAUUUGUUGGGCGCAAGGUCUACUCUGCAGGCGGUCUCCAGCUCCGGAUCGCCAACCAUAUGGCCCUCCUCGCCAGGUACACCUUUGACAUCAUGGUGUCUCUGGCGAAAUUCGCAGAGCUGCGGGUGGAGUUCAUUGGGCGGUUUCGACUCCAAUUUGGCCAGGGCCUGCCUCCCGCGAUCACGGCGCAGGCGAUGGUCUCCAUCAUCCGAGACCGCCUCACCUUUCCCACUACGACAGUUCAGUCCUGCCUACGCCUCCUGGGCCACAUGGCAUCGUGCACGUUUGUCACCGCCUAUGCGAGGCUGCGCCUCCGCCCAUUUCAAUCCUGGCUGGCGUCGGGGAAAAGCUUCAAUCAGCGCACAAACCUUAUUAGACAUGAGAGAAUCCACACAGGGGAGAUGCCCUACAUGUGCUCUGAGUGCGGGAAAAGCUUUGGGCAGAGCUCUCACCUUAUCAGACAUGAGAGAAUCCACACAGGGGAGACGCACUACAUGUGCUCUGAGUGCGGGAAAAGCUUCAUUUGGGGCUCUGACCUUAUUAGACAUGAAAGAAUCCACACAGGGGAGAUGCCCUACACGUGCUCUGAGUGCGGGAAAAGCUUUGGGCGGAGCUCUCACCUUAUCAGACAUGAGAGAAUCCACACAGGGGAGAUGCCCUACACAUGCUCUGAGUGCGGGAAAAGCUUCAAUCGGCGCACAAACCUUAUCAGACAUGAGAGAAUCCACACAGGGGAGACGCCCUACACGUGCUCUGAGUGCGGGAAAAGCUUCAAUCGACGCUCAAACCUUAUUACACAUCAGAGAAUCCACACAGGGGAGACGCCCUACACAUGCUCUGAGUGCGGGAAAAGCUUCGGGCGGAGCUCUGACCUUAUCGCACAUCAGAGAAGCCACACUGGGGAGACGCCCUACACGUGUUCUGAGUGCGGGAAAAGCUUCAAUCGGAGCUCUUACCUUAUCGCACAUCAGAGAAUCCACACAGGAGAGAAGCCCUACACAUGCGCUGAGUGUGGGAAAUGCUUUAGUCAGUGCUCUGCCCUUAUCGCACAUCAGAGAAUCCACACAGGAGAGAAGCCCUACACGUGCACUGAGUGUGGGAAAAAUUUCAAUCGGAACUCUCACCUUAUCACGCAUCGUAGAAUCCACACAGGAGAGAAGCCCUACAUAUGCGCUGAGUGUGGGAAAAGCUUCAAUCAGAGCUCACACCUUAUCACACAUAGGAAAAUCCACAUGGGUGAGUAAUCUUAUGGAUGCUCUGAGUGUGGGAAAUGUUUCUUUAAUCAUUCAGGCCUCAUCUUACAUCAGAGAAUCCACACAGGAGAGAAGUCCUACACAUGCUCUGAGUGCGGGAAAAGCUUCAAGCACAGCUUAAACGUUGUCUCACAUAGGAGAAUCACACUCCGAGUGCGGGAAAAGCUACAAUCAGCGCUCAAGCCUCAUUAGACAUCAGAAAAGCCACAUGAGAGAGAACUGUAAUAAAUCCCUUCACUAGGGUU